CCCUCUGUCUUGUUUUAAGGUUGUUUGAGAUUGUGGGAAUAUACCAGUUUUUGCAAUAAAUAAUUGCAUCAGAAUUUGAUUUGGUUGGAUUCAGCUUUGUUUCAUGUCUCAUGGUGCUUAAGUUAGGAAGUUGUUUCAUUUUUUUAAUUGUUGUUUUAUUCUUUUUACCACACUGUUCUGUUAAGCAGUGAGUUGAUCGGCAAAAUUUGGACUGUUGUUUGUGAUUAUGUCUAAUAAGUUAAAGAUUUGUGGACCCUUUUCAUCCUUUUGGAAAUAUUUUUAACGAAAAUGGAUGGUUGGUUUUGUCGUGUCAAAACUUGUUUCCUCAGUUUUUUUGGCUAUGCUUUAAAAGAGAGAUGGAUCUUGGUUGUCUCUGUAGUUUUCUAAAACCUUUCUGAAUUCUAAUAUAUAUGAAACAUGAGGAGCUUUUAAGGAAUACCCCUUUUUAUUAUUUCUAGCCUUAUCUUUUCCCUCCUUUUGUGGCUAAAAAUGUGGGCAAUGAAGUUGAGAUGGGCUACUGUUAGCUCAUACCAUGGUAGAUGAAGCUGCUUGCAAGGUGACCCUUCUUUAAUUUGCAAGGGAUCUGGAUCUAGAUAUAUUUGCAGCCUGCUAUCUGAAUCACAAUGUCAGCUUACGGCCAUCAAAUGGAGCGGCAGUUCUCCGCUCGGAGUCUUUUAAGUAGGGGAGAUACUGGAACGGAGAUGGGAAGCCGCUACGCGGUUGAGUCAGGAUUCUACAUGACAUCUUUUGCUGCAACAAUCUUCAUUGCUGCUCUUGUAACCGUUGGGAUUCUAUUAGUAACUUUGCUGGUCACAUUAGCAGUAAUGUUGCAAUCCUGUGAAAGCAGGAGCAAGGGAGUUGUGGAAAUUGAGAAAGCAAGUGAUAGCUACCAUUAUUGCAAUCUUUUUGCGCUUCAUGGAGAGCUCAACAGCUUGGAAGCCGAUGAGGUUCCUUCAGUCUGCAGGAGUCUUGCCAUUCAAUAUAUCAAAGGAGGAGAAUAUGCACGAGAUUUAAAUUUCACAAUGUGGAUGAUUGAAAGUUUUUUCAAUACUGUUUCACCAUCAAAUAAUCAUCUGGAUGUGGUGUUAAUGGACAUAGAUGACAUCCCUCCUUCAGAUCCACAGUACUCCAAACAAUUAAUGCACCAGUUCAAACAAUAUGGCAAUAGCGAACCUAGUGGUUACAUUGAAGAUGCAACCUAUCUGAGGCACCUGCGAACUCUGGAAUUGUACGUGAAACUUCAGUCCAGAGGAUGGUCUUUGAUCCUGUUAUCCAGGAAGCCUGAGAGACAGCAAAAUGUCACUAUUGAACACCUUAAUUCUCUAGGAUAUAGUGGUUGGUCAUCUUUGAUUAUGAGGUUGGAUAGCGAAAUGAAAAUGGAUACACGCGAAUACUUUUCUAGACGAAGAGCGGCAAUGGAGAAAAAGGGUACUGAAAUAGUCAGUGUGAUUAGCAGCCAAAUGGAUGCCUUAACAGGCUUGUCUGUUGGAAGACAUGUUUUUAAGCUUCCGAACCCUCUAUACUACUAUUCCCAAAAUCACAUUGAAAGAUGGAGACUUUCACACUAGAUCUUGUGUCCAAUGAGUUGUUCUUUGCAUAGUGAUUUUCGAAUUUCUUCUGCAGCAAAGUUUAACACACUGUCAUCUGGGAACCAGGGGCUUAGCUGAAUUUCAUUCCAACAUAAUUUGACAUCCAGCAAUGUUCUUCAAAACCAUUUUUCAUCUUCGGUUGCGGCUUUCAAAGAGAGAAAUGACUUGUACAGUAGUAGUUAUUUAUCAGCUUAGGUGUCUUGAGAUUAUUUGAGAUUCUUUGACUGCUAGAUUGAAUCUCUAUUGGCUUCCAGACAUUUGUAUCUUUCCAUUGACCUCUAGAAAAGGCCUCAAUUCCAAUUUCAUGAUCCAUUCCAUUACCAGUGGCCCUGGUAAUUAGACUUUUCAGUAUAUAAUCCUCAGCCACCAAUACCUAUUGCAUGUUCAAGAAGUAGAAAUAAGAUAAUCCCUAUUUCACACAUUAUUGGUAAAAUUAAUGGGCAUUAAAUCAAAAUUCUCCAUGAAGAAGCUAGAAUGAAAAACUACUGAGAAGAAAGAGUGAAAUGGUGAUCAAUACCUGCUAG